AGCCGUCAUCAACUCAUCGGCGGUUGAUAAACGCAACCUAGGAUUCUACAAGAAGGUCAAAAAUGGGCGCUGGCCACUCGUGGUGCUCUUCUGAUUCCCUUUCUUCUCUGCACAGCACAACCACUUCCUUCCCCUCCCCCACUGCUCUUUAUAGUUUCAAAUCACAUUCAACCGUCUUUCCGCUUCACUCUUUCCCCAGAAUCUUGCAAACCCAUAUUCCAAAGUCUGCCCAUAUUGCCAUGUCUCAAUCUCCAUCGGCAACACCUUUGCCAUUGAAUAGUAGCAGGCCUGAGACCCACGAUGAGGAAGGUUCGGUUGACGCCAUUCUUGAUCCUCACAACAUUCACCCCAAUUUGCUCCAGACUCUGUCGUACGAUGCUCUUGUCUGGAGUUCCCUCCAUGGUCUCCUUGUUGGUGACAGAAAUUCUCAGAGAUCAGGAAGUGUUCCUGGUGUGGGUUUAGUUCAUGCUCCAUUUGCCUUAUUGCCCACAUCAUUUCCUGAAGGUCAUUGGAAACAAGCUUGUGAAGUUGCUCCUAUUUUUAAUGAACUGGUUGAUCGUGUGAGCCAGGAUGGAGAAUUUCUACAGGAAACACUCUCCAGAACAAAGAAAGUUGAUGAUUUCACAUCCAACCUCCUAGAUAUCCAUUCUAAAAUGUUGGAGAUUAAUAAGAAAGAGGAAAUACGCUUGGGGUUACACCGUUCAGAUUAUAUGCUAGACGAACAAACUAAAUUACUUCUGCAAAUAGAGCUCAAUACAAUUUCUUCAUCAUUUCCUGGACUAAGUUGUCUUGUCAGUGAGCUUCACAGGAGUUUACUUCAGCAGCAUAGGAAACAUCUUGCAUUAGAUCCUGACAAAAUUCCCCAAAACAAUGCUGGGGUUCGGUUUGUUGAAGCACUAGCUAAAGCUUGGAAUGAAUAUAACAACCCCGGGGCUGUAGUUAUGUUUGUGGUUCAGACUGAAGAGCGGAACAUGUAUGAUCAGCAUUGGCUUUCUUCAGUACUGCAAGAAAGACAUCAUAUUACAACUAUCCGGAAGACACUAGCGGAGAUUGAUGCACUUGGAGAGCUUUUACCUGAUGGUACACUUGUCGUAGAUGGUCAAGUCAUUGCAGUUGUUUAUUUUAGAGCAGGAUAUGCUCCCGGUGAUUACCACUCUGAAUCUGAAUGGAGAGCAAGGCUUCUUAUGGAGCAGUCCUGUGCUGUUAAGUGCCCUUCGAUUUCGUAUCAUUUAGCAGGUACCAAGAAAGUUCAGCAAGAGCUUGCAAAGCCCAAUGUUCUCGAGAGGUUUCUAGAAAACAAAGACGACAUUUCCAAAUUGCGGAAAUGCUUUGCCGGGCUGUGGAGCCUUGACGAGUCAGAUGUCAUUAAGGAUGCAAUUCAAAGACCUGAAUUAUAUGUUAUGAAACCUCAACGAGAAGGAGGAGGGAACAAUAUCUACGGGGACAAUGUGAGAGAAACUCUUGAGAAGUUGCAGAAAGAAGGCACCGGAAGCGAUGCCGCUUACAUCCUCAUGCAGAGGAUUUUCCCGGCCUUGUCUCCAGCGAUUUUGAUGCGAGAGGGCAUUCCUCACAAAGAGCAAGCCAUAUCUGAACUCGGUAUAUAUGGUGCUUAUUUAAGGAAUAAAAGGGAGGUGGUAAUAAACGAGAAUUGUGGUUACCUGAUGCGGACAAAGGUGUCUUCUUCAAACGAGGGCGGGGUUGCAGCUGGGUUUGCGGUUUUAGACAGUAUAUAUUUGGUUUGAUGGAAUGGUUUGAGUUCCUUGGACCUGUGUUAUUGUUUCACCUGUUUAUUUGGUUGAUUAUUUUCUGAAUAAUACAAUACAAUACAAAGAGCUUCAUUGAACCACAUUCACUUAUUGGUUGACAACUUUUUGUCAGCUACAACUUGACAACUUGAAUGAAUCUAUUUACAACUUUGAGAUA